CCCACAACCUAAAGUAGGAUUUGACUUUUGGCCCCCUGUAUGAUUGCGUUUGACACCCCUGUUCUAAGUCCUCUUAACUCACAGAUUGCUCUUUAAAAGAGAGUACAUGCAUAGAAACACUUGGAAAGGAUCAAGGCGGGGCCGGAAGGAACGCUCUUACCGACUAAGCAGAACCAUAACGUGGCCCUUCCUGUUUCAAAUGUGAAUCAUAAAUUCCUGCCUGUACUUCAGCACAGCACUUGCGUCCUGAAGAGAGGAAGCAGGUCUUCUGGUCUUAGGGCGGUAAGUUGGACGCUGGUACAAGAGUGCUUUCCAACUGGACUUCAACGCUCCCUUCACCUGCUGAUUUUAUGCUGGCACCUGGUUGAUGAUAUUUAUCCUUUUAUACAACUGGUGGUGAGAGGACUUGGCUGUCUUUGACGUCAAGGCAGAUGCGCUCGAGAAGUUGCUUCUCCAAAGAACUUGUCUUCAGAGGAAACAUGACUUUCUCUGAGGAUCUCCAAUGUCCUGCCUGCUUCAACAUCUUUGAAGAUCCUGUCAUGCUGCCGUGCAGCCACAGCUUCUGUCGCUUGUGUGUGGAGAAAUGGUGGAAGGGGAAAGACGUCCAUUCAUGUCCAGUCUGUAGGGUGGAGUACAGAUCCAAGAAAGUAACUCCAAACUUGGUUCUGAGGAACAUGUGUGAAGCUUUUCUUUUGGAAUCCGAGGCCAGGUGCAGGUUGCACGAUGACAAACUGAAACUCUUCUGUUUGGACCAUCAGCAGCCUGUGUGCCUCGUCUGCAGAGAUGCAAAAAUCCAUGCUAACCACAAGUUCUCUCCUAUCGGUGAAGUUGCAAAGGAUCACAGAGAGGAUCUCCAGAAAGACCUGCAGGCCAUGCCGAUAACGCUGGAAGAGUUAAGUAAGUGUAAAGACACCUUCAUUAAACAAGCUGAGAACUUCAAGCUACAGAGGUUCCUGACUGAGAGUGAGAUUAAGAUAAAGUUUAUGGAGCUUCACAACGUUCUGCAGGAAGAGGAGGAGGCCAGGUUGUCUGCUGUGAGAGAGGAAAAGCAGCAAAAGAGUCAGAUCAUCAAAGAGAAACUUGUGGAACUCAGCAGAGACAUUGAAGCUCUCUCAGACGUGAUCAAGAGCACAGAGAAGCAGCUGGCAGCUGACGACAUUUCCUUCAUGAACAACUACAAGGACGUGAAGACCAGAGUCCAGCAGCUGCCUGAGGAGUCCAAGCUGCUCCCAGGACCUCUGCUGGACAUGGACAAACAUCUGGACAAGCUCAAGUUCACCGUGUGGGGAAAACUUAAGGAGAUGCUCUUCCCCAGUCCGGCCCUACUCAACAUCAAUCCAGUACUCAAUCAGAAGAUAAGCAGAGGAUGGCAUCCUCUCAACUUAAACAAGUGGUUUGCUGGUAUGGAUGCUGCUAGUUUGGAAGUGACACACGUCUGGAAUAUUGAGGUGGGAGACAACAAGGUCUGGGAAGUGGGGGUGCUGAUUAAAGGGCGUCACAAAGCGUAUAAAUGUGGCAUUAGAUUUAGAGAUGGGAAAUACCAAAGGUUUAGUCCACAAGGUGAAUCCUUGGAUCUGCACGUCAAGGACAAACUGCAGAGGAUCAGAUUUUGUGUGGACGCAGACAAAGGAAGACUUUCAUUCCAUGAUCAUCUUACCAACACUCAAGUAGACACAUAUGACAUUCCUUGGAGGUGGUUGUCUGUCAGCAGUAAAGAACUGUACCCUUACUUCAGCACAAACGAUGACAUCCCUCUGAAAAUGCUGGCAAAAUAACUUGUAAAACAUCAGUGAUGUCCUGCUUUUCCACAAAUAUGGAAGUACACUGUAAAUGAACACUGGGAAAUGACACACCAUAGAAGAAGACACCAUCAUGAACAUGUCAUGUGACUUUCCUCAUGUAAACUUGUGUUUUCAGUGAUGAAUCUAUCCAUGAUGCUUUGAUAUUUCCUUCAUUGCAAGAGAUGCUGUUGUACACGUCUUCAUUCUUUAUGUUCAAAUACACAACAAUGGAACUGGACGUCUGGAUGACAUUACGGUGACGGCUAAUUUGAGAUGAAUACAUUUAGUACUUUUAUUCUGUAUAUUCUACCAUUCAAUAAUAUCACAAGAUAAAAUGACUAAAAUAAAUAAAUACAUCAUUUGUGUCCAGUCAUGUUGAAUUGUCACCUUUACAAAUGGAGUCGAUCACGAUCAAAGGGUUGGCGACCCCUGACCUAGCAUGAUAGCGAUAAGUAUUUACAAUGUAUGCCACCAAAAUGGCUAAAAUGCUAACAUCAUAGUCGCUAGCAUCUAGCAUGAUUGCACUAUCAUGUAUCUUUGGAUGUUACCAUGUUAUCAUUUUAGCAUGAUAACAUCAGCAUGUAAAAGUUUUAGCUAUUUUUGUCGCUAUAAACAUACAUGAACACUUAGUGUUAACAUGUGGUGUUAGCAUGCGACCUGUUAGCAUGCAGGCAUUGGAGCGCUGCCAACUAUCCAGUCAGCUACAGACAUGUACUCUGUGAGUUUGAUCAUUUUGUUUUUCAUUAGCAAAUAAGCUAACCUAGCAUGAUGUUGCUGUUAAAA